AUGACUCCAAUAAACAUAAGGACUUGUGUGUUGUUGACAGUUCUUAAAAUUAUUUAUUCAAAUGGAUUAUCCUUGCCACCGUCACAUACUUGCGUCAUUGGGGCUGGCUAUUCAGGGUUGGCAGCGGCGAGAUAUUUAAAAGAAUUUGGCCAAAAAUUCACUGUUUUCGAGGCUUCCCGAGAUGUUGGUGGAACUUGGCGCUUCGAUCCCAAUGUCGGCCUUGACGCUGAUGGCAUCCCUGUCACCACGAGCCAAUAUAAAUAUUUAAGGACAAAUACUCCACGACAAACUAUGGAAUUCAAUGGCUACCCUUUUCCGAACGCGACUCCGACAUUUCCUACUGGCACUUGCUUUUACAAAUACAUCAAAUCAUUCGUAAAACAUUUCGAUUUGAAGAACAACAUUCAAUUGCGUAGCCUAGUGACUUCCGUUUCCCGGGUUAAAUACCAUUGGGAUCUGGUUUAUUUUAAUACCGAAGAUAGGGAGGAGUAUGGCGUGGAGUGUGACUUUGUCAUUAUCGCGAAUGGACAGUAUGUUAGGCCUGUGGUACCGAAUUUUAUUGGAUUAGAAGCAUUUGAAGGUACAGUCAUGCACAGUCACGAUUACAAAGGCCCGGAACCUUUCGAAGGUCGUAAGGUCCUGUUAGUUGGGGCCGGGGCCUCUGGUCUGGACCUGGCCGUGCAACUGAGCAACAUAACUUCAAAAUUAGUGCAUAGUCACCAUCUCAAAUACAAUCAACCGAAAUUUUCCGAUAAGUACGUGAAGAAGCCCGACAUUAAAGUGUUCGUGAAGAAUGGAGUCAUCUUCGAAGAUGGCAGCUUCGAGGAGGUGGAACAUGUUAUUCUUGCUACAGGAUACGAGUUCGACCAACCAUUCUUAGAUGACACCUGCGGUUUGACACGCACGGGAAAAUUUGUGUUACCUUUGUAUAGAAAUAUUAUCAACAUAGCUCACCCUAGUAUGAUGUUUCUGGGAGUAGUCAAUGGAGUUAUCACUAGAACUAUGGACGUACAGGCCGAGUACAUAGCUUCGUUGAUCGCUGGUAAAUUUAAACUUCCGUCACAAGACGAGAUGUUAGAAAGUUGGCUUAAACAUGUACAUUCAUUAAAAUAUAACUCCAAUAAGAUACUUUACGUGAACACUAUUGGCAAAGAGAUGGACAAUUAUUUCGGUAAUUUGACCGAAGAGGCUGGAGUAGCCAGAGUAUUGCCUGUCAUGUCAGAUAUAAGAGAUUUCAAUGCUGAGAAUCGUCUUGAAGAUCUUCUUAAUUAUAGAGAUUACGACUUUGAAAUCAUUGACGCUAACAAUUAUAAGAGAUGGUAUAACGGCGGAGGGAAGAGAGCAGAGGAGUGUCCUAUUGAAGAAAUGAAUGAAUGA